CAUCCUAUGAAGACAGAUCACUACUUCUCUGUUAUCCUUCUUGUCUGUUACUGAUGGCAGUUCCGAUGGAUAUCUACUCCUCCAAGUUAUCUCCCGCGCUGGACAUCUGCACAGGUUGUUACAUGCUGGUUGUAGCUGUUCUCUCCAUUGUAGGAAACGUGCUGGUCCUCGUCGUGGCAGCCAAAAGGUCAUCGAGGAUGAAACCGCCGGAGCUGCUAAACGUGAAUCUGGCGGUGACAGACCUGGGAGCAGCUGUUGCCAUGUACCCCCUGGCUGCGGCCUCUGCCUGGAGCCACCACUGGCUCGGAGGAGAUUCUACCUGUUUAUAUUACGGCCUGGCAGGGUUCUUCUUCGGCGUCGCCAGCAUCAUGAACCUGACUGUAUUGGCCAUAGUGCGCUUCGUUGUGUCCAUCAAUAUGACGUCACCCAAUGAGAAAAUCAGCUUCAAGAAAGUGAAGAUUCUGUGCAUGUGGACCUGGCUGUACGCUCUGAUCUGGGCUCUGUUCCCCAUUCUGGGCUGGGGACGGUACGGCCCUGAGCCCUUCGGCCUGUCCUGCUCUCUUGCCUGGGGACAAAUGAAACAUGAGGGCUACUCUAUGGUCAUCUCCAUGUUCUCCUUCAACCUAAUCAUGCCUUGUGUCAUCAUUACCUGCUGUUACUUUGGCAUCGCCAUCAAGCUCUAUUUGGCCUACAAAAAUUCAAUGAAAAACAACCGAAUCCACAAUAUUGUCAAGCUCCAGCGAAGGCUGUUAAUGAUCGCUGUGCUUGUCAGCUUAGGCUUCAUAGUUUGCUGGGCGCCCUAUGGAAUAGUCAGCCUAUGGUCUCUUUUCAAUGACAGUAGCACCAUCCCACUUAAAGUCAGCCUCCUGCCGUGCAUGUUUGCAAAGAGUUCCACUGUAUACAAUCCUCUCAUCUACUACAUCUUCAGCCGGGGCUUCAAAAGGGAGGUCAAGCAGCUGCGCUGGUUUUGCCUCAGCUCUAACCCAUGCCACGUCUCCAACAACAUCAAUGACAACAAAAUGUAUAUGGUCAGUGCUGAUGUCACGUCCAGAGUACAAGCACUGUCUAUUAUGCAGGAGAUCGAGGAGUGA